CCCAACUCGGCAACACUGUCUGUGACCUCACACGUAGUUACUUCCUAAACCGAGCUUCAACUUUGAGCUUGUGGCACAGUCUUCCUCACCAGACAAUCACGUAGUUUGCUUCAACAACAGGACAUGAAAUGCACUCAAACACUGAUCAAAACGACGUCGCAGAUAGCAGCCUUUGCCCGAUCGGGUCACAUAAAACACGCCCGCCAACUGUUCGACGAAAUGCCUCACAGAGACUCCAUUGCUUGGAACGCAAUGCUAACCGCCUACACCCAUCUCGGCUUCCACCACGAAGCUCUCUCGCUUCUACGACGCAUGAGAAUCUCCGGCACCAGCCCCGAUCACUUUACCUUCACCGCCACGUUAAGCGCCUGCGCCGGGGCAAGUGAGCUAAAAUGUGGAACCAAACUCCAUGGCUUGGUCACUGUUUUGGGUUACCGGAGUUACUUGCCAGUUAACAAUGCGCUUAUCGAUAUGUACGGCAAGUGCUUAGCCCCUUGUGGGGCUAGUAGAGUGUUUGAGGAGAUGAGACUUAGGAAUGAAGUAAGUUGGUGUAGUUUGUUGUUUGCAUACACGAAUUCAGGAAAGUCUGAUGCGGCGCGUGGAGUGUUUAAUCUGAUGCCUAGAAGAGUGGAGGUAGCUUGGAAUGUUAUGAUUGUGGGGCAUGCGCGAAAUGGGGAAGUGGAGUUGUGUUUGGGUUUGUUGAAAGAGAUGAAGGAGAGUUUGUGCUGGCCGGAUCAGUGGACUUUCAGUGCUGUAAUGAGUGCUUGCGCAGAUGCAUUGGAGUUUUGGUGUGGUUGCAUUCUGCAUGCUUUGAUUAUUAAAAGUGGGUGGAGCUCUUUUGUGGAGGUGAAGAACUCAGUUUUGAGCUUUUAUGCUGAUUUAGGUUGCCUGGAGAAUGCGGUGAAAGUUUUUGAGUCCGGUGGAACUCUGACACAGGUGUCCUGGAAUGCGAUGAUUGAUGCCUACAUGAAACUGGGAAGUACACAUGAAGCACUUCGUGUAUUUCAGCUAUGCCCUGAAAGAAAUAUUGUCUCGUGGACGUCUAUGAUCUCAGGAUAUGCAAGAAAUGGAAAUGGGGAAGAAGCUGCAAUGUUCUUUGUUCAUAUGUUGAGAACUGGGCUCCAGCCCGAUGGUUGUAGUUUUGCUGCUGUGCUUCAUGCAUGUUCAAACUUGGCAUUACUUGGAUGCGGGGAAAUGUUUCAUGGUCGCAUAAUUCACUGUGGUUUCCAUGCAUAUGCGUUUAUUGGAAAUGGCUUGGUUAACAUGUAUGCUAAAAGCGGGGAUCUGAAAGGGUCCAUCUGUGCAUUUCAUGAUAUACUGCACAAAGAUUUGGUAUCUUGGAAUUCGAUGUUGUUUGCAUUUGGAUUGCAUGGAAAAGCUAUCCAAUCUCUUCAAGUUUUUGAGCAAAUGGUGGUAAAUGGGGUCAAACCAGAUAAUGUUACCUUUAUCGGGUUGUUGAUGGCUUGCAGCCAUUCUGGGUUGAUAGGGGAAAGUCGUGCACUUUUUGAAACAAUGCAGACAAUUUAUGGGCUCUCUCCCGACAAGGAUCAUGUGGCAUGUAUGGUGGAUAUUCUUGGAAGAGGUGGCUACUUAGCUGAAGCGAAGGAACUGGCUGAUAAGUUUUCCUCAGUAUAUAGUGCUAAGAUCAGCUCGGGUGAAGCUCUGCUUGUAGCGUGUUCUGCACAUGAGGAGUUGGGAUUUGGAAAAUACUUGGGGGAUACUCUGAAAAUGGCAGCCCCCCAUAAUGAGACAAGCUAUGUGUUAUUGUCAAAUUUGUAUUGUGCAAGUGGGCAAUGGAAGGAAGCUGAAAUGGUUAGGAAGAGAAUGGCAGAUCAAGGGGUGAAGAAAAUGCCUGGUUGUAGUUGGAUAGAAGUGAGAAACAAGGUAAUGUGUUUUGUUGCUGGGAAGAAUUCUAAGCCAUUUAUGGAUGAAGUGUACAGUAUACUACAGUACAUAAAUUUUGAAAUGAGGAAUCCGUCCUUUGUAGAUACUAAUAGUUAAGGGAACUAAUAUGUGUUGACUGUUUAAGAAAUACACAUUCCAUGUGUAAGUUGAAGAAAUACUCCAAUUGUAACAGACGCAAACAAAAAGAAUGGUGACUGAUAGAAUACCAAGAACUGUUGUUAAUGGUUGCAAAAUGCCAGCAACUACAAGCUACUGCGAGAUCAGCUAGUCGAGAAACACUGGGGCGUUUAGGAGAAUCAUUGAAGCCCUUAUCAAUAACCAAGAGUAAUCCUUUCAUGGCAGAGGUGGAAGUGAGUCCUCCCACCAGCAUAAACUUAGCAUCUGUGAUUUUCUCGAGCUGUUUGACAACAACGAUGACAUAGGGCAGUGAUUGCCUAUAGAUGUGUCUCCAACCAAUCCCCACAUUUCUGCUGGAAAAGUUGGCUACUGAAUUAAGGGAUCAGGAGGUGGUAUUUUCAAGUAGAAGGUCAAAGGGUCAGAGUGUCAGACUUUCCUUGAUUCAAGAAUUCCUCUCGAAUGAUCAUUGUGAGAAUGUGAGAGUUGUCGUCAUGACAUUUGAAUCUGUAGUUUUCACGAUGACAGGUCUUUGUCUUCCUUCAAACUCAAUUACAAAAUGUAUAGUACUUGC